AUGUUUUCGCUCGAGGGACAGACCGCCCUGGUCACGGGCGGCACCCGAGGGAUCGGACAAGCCAUGGCGCUAGCUCUGGCUGAAGCGGGCGCAGAUAUUCUCCUGGUCCAACGCAAUACCACCCACACGGAGACCAAGACUGCUAUUGAGAAGCUGGAUCGGAAAGCCGGCAUCUACGAGGCUGAUCUCUCUUCAGAAGAAAGCGUCGCGGCCCUUGUUCCUGCUAUUUUACAUGACGGCCAUAGGAUUGACAUCCUGUUGAACUGUGCUGGCGUCCAGAGAAGACAUCCGAGUCAUGAAUUUCCCAGCCGGGAGUGGAACGAGAUCCUUCAAGUCAAUCUGACUACAGUAUUUACCCUCUGCCGCGAUGUCGGUGCCCACAUGCUUGGGCAGGAACUCAAUGUUGCAGGCCGUCGAGGAAGCAUAAUCAACGUCGCCUCCCUCCUAUCUUUUCAAGGAGGGAUGACAGUCCCAGCCUACGCAGCCUCCAAAGGAGGUGUAUCACAGCUCACCAAAGCUCUAUCAAACGAAUGGGCAGGGAAAGGCAUUUCAGUCAAUGCAAUUGCCCCUGGGUACGUGGCUACGGAGAUGAAUACGGCGUUGAUAUCGGACGAACAGCGGGCGGCGAGCAUCCUGGGUAGGAUCCCGGCGGGAAGAUGGGGGACACCUGAGGAUUUUAAGGGACCUGUCCUGUUCCUGGCAAGUGCAGCUUCUCAAUACGUGUCGGGCGAGUGCUUAGUGGUGGAUGGAGGGUGGAUGGGACGGUGA